GUCUACCAUAUUACUUCUAUAGCAGUACUAAAUCAGGACCGAAACGAGCGACUGGCCGGCGGCGGGUCUGCGGCAAUGGAGUUCUCCUCGACGAUUCGCGUGGCCGACCUGAACGACUACAUCGCGCCGUCGCAGGACUGCGUUGUGGCGCUAAAUGGAAAGCUUAAAACUGUCGAGAUGACUGAGGAGGUGCAGCUGCAGCCGCGUGUUCGAGCCAGUGCCGCCGCCGCCGGCGCCGCGCCGCCAGGCAGUCUCAAUGCCCCCGCCCCUGGGGACCCAGUAAAGGUGUCAUUGCACGACUGCCUGGCAUGCAGUGGCUGCAUUACCAGCGCGGAGACGGUGCUGCUGCAGCAGCAGUCGGGGGACGAGUUCCUUGCAAAGCUGGCUGACCCGACAUUGGCGGUGGUGGUGACCGUGUCGCCACAAUCGCGGGCCGCGCUGGCGGCCUACUUUGGUCUGAGCCCGGCGGCGACGCUGGCGCGGCUGGCUGGCUGGCUCAAGGGGCUGGGCGCGGCGGCGGUGUGGGACCUGACCACGGCGCGGGACCUGGUGCUACUGGAGGAGGCGGCGGAGUUCGUGGGCAGGUUCCGCUCGGGGCCAGGUGGCAGCGGCAAUGGCGCUGCCGGUCACCUCGCGGCCAGCAGCUCGGGGCGGCCAGCAGCAGCAGUAGCAGGGGCGGUGGAGGAGGCGCCCGGCCCGCUGCCCAUGAUGGCUUCCGCCUGUCCAGGCUGGGUGUGCUAUGCGGAGAAGACACACGGCGCCAAGGUCAUCCCCUACAUGUCCACCACACGGAGCCCACAGGGCGCCAUGGGUGGUCUGGUGAAGAGCCUGGUGGCGGCGGCCUGGGGCGUCAGUCCGGCGGCCCUCUACCACGUGACCGUCAUGCCGUGCUACGACAAGAAGCUGGAGGCCUCACGUGACGAGCUUACCACCACGUCAGACGAGGCGGCGGCUGUAGCAGCCGGGUCGGUGGCUGUAGCGGCGGCGGGCGCGGGCGGCGGCAGCGACAUGGAGGUGGACGGAGGGGAGGUGGCGGCGGCGGCUCAAGAUGGUGGUGUCAACGGCGUGUCCUCGAGUGGACGGGUUGCGGAGGUGGACUGCUGUCUCACCACCGGCGAGGUGUUGCAGCUGCUGCAACAGCGCCCGCCGCCCGGCUGCAGCGCACAGACCCUGCUCGCCGACCCCUCUGCCCCCAGCGUGGCGCCGGACCCACUCCUGCCGCCGCCGCCCGCCUCACUCGCAACUUCCGUCUCCUCCUCUGGCUUGGCCUUAGCAGCCACAGCCGCAGGCGGGGUGCUACUGCCGCCCUCGGAAGACCGGCUGUACGGGCUGCGUGACGCCAGCAGCAGUGGCGGCUACAGCGACUUCGUGUUCCGGGCGGCGGCGCGGGAGCUGGCGGGGGUGGAGCUGCCGGCGGGGCCGCUGCCGUGGCGGGCGCUGCGGAAUGCGGACUUCCAGGAGCUCACACUGGAGGUGCCGGCGCUGGGUCCGGGCCAGGUGCUGCGCUUCGCCCGCGUGUACGGCUUCCGAAACAUCCAGACGCUGCUGCGGCAGGUCAAGAUGGGCCGGUGCGCGUACCAGUACGUGGAGGUCAUGGCCUGCCCCAGCGGCUGCCUCAACGGCGGCGGCCAGCCCAAGCCGCGCCCUGGGCUCGGCGCCGGUCCGCAGCAGCUGCUGGAGCAGGUGGAGGCGGCAUACGCACACGAGGACGUGGCGGCGCGCUGGCCCACCGACAACCCCGCAGUGGCGUUGCUGUACAGCCGCUGGCUGGGCGGCCGGCCCGGCUCGGCGGCGGCUCGGCGGCUACUGCACACGUCGUACCGGGAGCGCGAGAAGACCGUGAACACAGCCAUGGUGGCCAACUGGUAGCGGGUUAGGGGCGCUCCCGGCGUGCAGGCGGCGGGCACUGCGCGGCACGAAGCUGCGUACCGGGUGGCGGUACACGGGUACAGCCGGUACAGGAUGUUUUUUUAGGGUCGACUUGACGUACGGUGGAUUGGUCGUGGUCAGAGGAGUGUGCUGAUAUAGGAGCCGGCCGGAGAGUCCGUGUGGAUUGAUUGCAGGCCACCGUCACCAAUGCGAUUGUAUGUUGGUACAGCAGUAACAGCACGGCUUCUGGUGGAUGCCCUGGAUGACGUCUCGCGCUCCUGGCUGCUCCUGUAACACCCAUGUGAG